AGCUUUUCCCUGCAGACUGUGUCUGAGUCAGAUGGAACAAGGCCCACAAAAACAAAUACAUAUUGAAACCAAUCAAUAUCUUCAUCUUCAAUUAUUGAUCAUACGCCUAUAAAGCUAACAAACACAUCUCUAAAAUCUCAAUCCAAUUCCAAUCUUUGUUCCCAUGGAUUUCCCAUCUUCUAACGACCAACCAUCCAAGACGGGCCACAAGCAUCAACAAGUCUCAUCCUCCGAGCUUUUCUCAAGCGCUAAGCAAGUCGCUGAUGCAGCCAAAUCUUCACUUAGCCACCAAAAAGUUGAUCAGGGACAGGCCGCCGGUGCUGCUGCAAAUCUUCUGGGUGGGGCUUCUCAAUAUGGCAAGCUUGAAGAGAAGAGUUAUGGAAAGUAUGUAGAAAAAGCUGAGGACUAUCUUCGUCAGCAGUCUUCUCAUUCAACCGCCGCCGCCACCACUGCUGGCCACCAGUCCGGCCCCGAUACGCCCAUAACUCAGUCCACGCCAACUCAAUCAAGUGGUGAAGAUGGCAAAUCUUCUGGCGUUGGUGAUUACUUCAAAAUGGCUCAAGGCUUCAUGAAGUGAAACUGAUAUAAUGUCAAAUGUCAUGACUUUUUGUUGUUUGUUUUCCUUCUGUGUAUGUUGUAUCGUCUUGCAUUCUAAGCUUGUGAUAUUUUCUUAUCUUGUCUGUAACUCUCUUUAAUGUACUAAAAUUCUACUAA